AUAUAUUGGGCAUUUGCUACAUGCUGCCAAAUGGUGAAUGGUUUUUUCCGUAUAUCCUAAUCGGUGGGGUAUGUCCUACUAUAACAGAGCAGUUUAUAAAAGUUCUAGAAGUUUUCUCGUCCGCACCUCAGAUUUCAUAUCUUGCUACAUCUGCCAACUUGGCUAAUAGAAAGCUGUACCCCAAGUUAUACCGACUAACAGCUCCGGAACGUCUAGGGUAUGCUCUUGUGCAACUGUUAGCAACCUUCAACUGGACUCGUAUAGCGAUCAUUCAGGAAGUGAACGAUAACUUGCCAAUGACUACAAGCGACUUAAUGAAGGAACUCAAUGUUAGGAAAGUAGAUGUUAUUGCCGGAAUGCCCAUAACUGUGGGCUCGACUCCUGUGCUGCAACAGUUGGAGGUACUAAAGAGUCUGGACGCACGUAUCAUUGUUGUAAGUGCUUCUCAAAAGACAACUCUGGAAAUCGUAUGCAAUGCGUACAAGCUGGGACUAUACGGGAAACAGUUUGUUUGGAUAUUUACGGAAAAAUAUUCCGAUGAGUUCUGGAAGGUUGGCGAUGUCAAUUGCACGGAAGAAGAAAGGCAGAGGGCAGUGGAAGGGGCAUUUUUCUGUAAUACUGUGAAUGAUAAGCCCUUUAAAGAAAAGGGAAUUGCAAACAUCACGUACUCGGACCUCAUCACAGAUAUUCGUCAUCGCGCUAAUGUACCAGAAUCCGAACCAUUUGACUACGCCGUCGGCAAGUGUUACGAUCAUGUUUGGGUUGCAGCUUUGGCGUUGAACUGCUGUUUAUCUAGACUUGGGAAAUUAGACAGUGAAAUCCUUUGGGGUGAAGGACAAAAUAUCACUGCCGACUGCAUUGAUAAGUUAGAUUUUGUAGGGACGACGGGUAGAAUAAGGUUUACAGAAGGGGCUCUUAAUCCAGAUGCCGUAUUGCAAAGAAUCCAAGAUGCGAAUACAAAAGUGGUGGCAUAUUUUCGGCAGGAUUAUCACCCAAAUUCUCGUUAUGAGUGGAUAGAUGGAGCACUUAUUUGGAAAGAUAACAUUAUCCCACUUGAUUCUGCUUCGACAAUUCUCAAAGAGAAGUUCGUCCCGAUGUCAUUAUAUUUGACGAUGUGUAUAUUAGCUGGUAUUGGAAUCAUAUGCACAAUCGCUUUCUUCGUUUUCAACGUAUUUUGGAGAAAGCACAGGAUAGUGAAAAUGUCAUCACCAAACAUAAACAGUAUUUUACUUGUCGGCUGUUUACUAAUGUAUGUAACUAUAAUUAUCAAGACAAUGGCAACGACAAGCAAAACAGUGUGUGCGGUGCGAUUGUUUUGCUUCUGGAUAGGAUUCGCUACUCUAUUUGGUUCCAUGUUUUCCAAGACAUGGAGAGUCUACAGAAUUUUCACAAAUAAACAAAUGAAACAGAAAUUGUCAUUAAGAGACAAACACCUACUGGUCAUCAUCGGUAUACUCGUUAUCAUGGAAACACUUGUGUUAAUAGUAUGGGAGAGUUACUCGCCGCAUCAAGUGAAAGAGCAGCGGCAUGCGACAGAGGAUGUUACCACAGACAAAGGGGACAAGGUUUUAGUGUUUUCUCGUGUUUGUGUGUCGGAUCACUCCAACUAUUUCAACUGGACCCUGAAAAUAGUGAAUGGUGCUCUCAUUGCCUUGGGCGCUUUUUUGGCAUGGGAAACCAGACAAGUACACAUAGAAGCUUUAAACGAUUCCAAGACGAUCGGUGUAUGCUUGUACAACGUUGUUAUUCUGAGUAUCGUGGGGCUGUUUCUGUCUAUGAUGCUUGAUGACAAACCGAUUGUACUGAAUGGAGUCACUUCCGUGUGCCUCUUCGUCGGAACUCUCGUAUCGGAGACGUUGGUAUUCCUCCCAAAGAUAUUAGCAGUUUACCGGAAACCCAUUGCAACCCCACAGACUGCCUUGACUAAUGUACAAUCAUCGACAACCUUGAGUAUAACACCAAACCGUAUUGAAUUAGGCGUCAGUCGUUCAUGUGAAAAGGAAAUGCAACCUGAUGAUACGACGAGAGUGUCAUGUGAAAAGGAAACACAAACUGAUGAUACGACGAGAGUGUCAUGUGAAAAGGAAACGCAAAAUGAUGAUACGACGAGAGUGUCAUGUGAAAAGGAAACGCAAACUGAUGAUACGACGAGAUUGGAUUAACAAAUCAAAUGAACUUCCGAUGAGAUUAGAUUGACAACACAAAUUGAACUUUCGACGAGAUUGGAUUUAAAUCAUAAAUUGAACUGGUGAUGAUGUUAAAUUAACAUCACAAAUAUAAAUCAUAAAAAGAUUGAAUUGAUAUUAAACAUCGAACCUUUGGUGAGUGUAAAUUAACAUCAAACAUAAAACUUACGACAUUGGAAUAGCAUUAUAAUUUGAACUUACCAUGAGAUAGGAUUAACAAUAUAAAUAGAACAUACUGCAAGAUUGGUUUGUCAACACACAGUGAAUUUACGACAUGACUGGAUUGAAAGCAAACAAUUAUAAUUAGUAUAACUUAUAUUAUAUAUAAUAUUUUAAGUGUAAUUCGCUGUAUGAGUUUUAGUUAUUUUGAACAUUGUAACAUGUAGCAUUUUAUGCAGCUAAAGACAGACAUACACUUAGGCUGUCUUGUAUUAGGCCUCUGAAUGCUUCCCGACAACUCUGCCAUAUUGGAAUCGAGACUCAAAAAAGUUGAAUUUUGAAGUAUAGCACAUCUACUUAAAACUGAUCAAUGUCUGUGUUUCUGUGUUAAUGUGUAACCCGACGUUUGUGCAGUAAACCCUAUUUGCCCGCUUUGAUGACAAGCAAUCAAACUCACCUAAUCAAUCAGCUCAUCCAAUUAACAAGUAAACACGAUUCUAUUGAAAGUAUAAAAUGGUGGUCAUACAUUUAAAUUCAAUUGAGUAAAUAUUGCUCUGCAAUAGAGCCGCCUGGCUGUCGUGGAAUAUGUAGAGUACUAUUGGCUUUGUACAGUGUUUUCAAGGUGCUAGUUACUUGAGGUGAGGGGAAAUAUCAUGCCAAUAGAGAUCACAAAGUCAAAGGUCAAAUUCGCAUAGGGUUUAAACAUGGAAUUUGUUUCCGGACAUUAUUAAGAGAAUGAUUGACGAAAGAUCAUCUUAAUUGUUAUUUAAAUUUCUUUUGGCUAUAGUAGGGUGCUUUUUUGGUACAAAAGCUCAAAUGUCAAGGUACCUAGGGUCAUUAACAUGAAAUGUGUCUCCAAUAUUACCUCUUUACUAAGGUAAAGUUUAUUUUAUUUUGUAUAGGAUAGUAAAUCAUGCGAGGCGAAGACCCUUCAGUUUUUAGAUAAACAGAUCAAAGGUGAAGAUCACAGGAGCUUAUUAUCUGAAAAAAACAUUUCGCAUAAUGAGAUAUUGACUGCACGUUAGGGUAUAUAUAUAUGUUUUACAAACAUCUCUUGUUUAUGUGCUUAUCUGUGCUACUUAAAACGGCAUAAGUUUGAGAGCAAAAGAAGAGUGGGGAGGAUUUGUUGUAGUUCAAUUACAAAAUCAGUAAGUGUGUUUAAGUGUAUACAAAUAUUACCAACUCCUUUUAUUGACUCAAUGAAUGUUUGUAUACUCUUAUAUGGCUCUGAGUCUGUUGUAAGAUUGCACGUAGCAUUGUCUUUGGUAUUAAUAUAAAAAAUUACUGGUAUUUAAUUAAGUACACAUUAACAUUGAUAAAAUGUUAGCUGGUGGGAAACCUUGAUAGGAUUCUUCAGUAACUGACUUUAUGUUUUGUUAAAUUGCAAGGAGUGUAAUUGAAUUAUUAAGUGUUGUAAUGUUUGUUCUAAAUCGUCAACAGUUGAGUUUAACUUAAAUUUGACGUAAAUAAAUACACAAUUUCAGAUAGAAACUGAAUGUGGUCGUGGCAAAUUAUUCAAAGAAUUUCAAUUGCAUUAAUAUUCUUAAAUAUCUUGGCCACUGUGUGGUUAAAGAGCAAGUGAAACCUACUUUUUUUAACGUAAUGCUGUUGAGAUAUUUCAAUAUGUUAUGCAGUAUUUAUUGUGGGUAGUAAAGCCUAGUUUGCUUGUUUGCAGUUUGCUACAACAUUUAGUUGUGCAAAUUGAUCGUAAUGCUCAAAUUCGCCAUUACGUGCAUUUGUUUGUAAGUGGUCAACAACUUAGUAAUAUUUAAGAUUGAAAAUAUAACGUGAAAUACCAAAUCAUACUUUAAAUAGUAUUGUCUUCGUUUUUGUUAGUUUAUGAAGUGUGAUGGUUUUAUGAAAUGAACACUUUGAAAUGUAGACGAUGAUAAAGCUGAAUUAAUCUGAAGCUACUAAGAAUGCCUUUUUUAGAUAAUUUGAUAUACUUUGACUCUAUUUGCUAUAGUAUUUGUGAUAUAUCCCUUGUAUCCUGUACGUUCAAAUAAACUUAAAUAAAACUUC